AUGACUGAGUACAAACCAUGUCCUACAUCAUUGCCUUCUGAUGUGCGACUGUCUUGUAUGGAUGGUGAUCCUUUGCCUAAUCCGUCUAGAAGUGUGGUUGAGUUUGAGUUGCUUGAGAUGGUGGAGCUUUCAAGUAUUUUAGAGUUCAUAGGUCAAAUAGAGGAAUUCAUGAAAGGAUUAAGAAUGGUUAAAGAUUUGAAGAUUAUUGGUCCUGAGGAGUUAACAUCUUCAUGGAAAUUAAAUGAUGAUAAAUCAAAGCAACAUCUAAUAUCUUUUUUCCUUGUCGUCAUCAAAUAA